CAGAAGCUUAAGAUAUUGGACCUGUGGGCCCAGUUUGGUGAUAUACUAAUUGGGCUAGUCAAAACGAUGCGGUUUUUGCAUUGAUAAGAAAGAAAUGAAAGAAGUUAGAGAGCAAAUGCAGUUCUGUUAGUAGAAAAUGUCGUCAGAGAAGGAAUCGGAGUCUCGGAAAUCGAGUUCGGAAGAGAUUUCGCGCGAAUUCAAAACCCUAGUUAAUUCCGGUGAUCUUCACUCCCUUAACCACAUGCAACACACCAUAUUGGGAAGGUUGCAGGACAGCAAUGCGGUGUUGUCGCAUUUCAACGACUUCUCUCAACACUGCUUUGCUGAGAUUUCCGGUGACAUUGCUAGAAACACGCGCAUAUUGAAGUCUGUCAAGUCUGAUCUUGAUUAUAUCUUUCAGAAACUCAGACUCCAAAUGCGAGGCCUUCUUUCAGAAGCCAGCUCUCAUGAAAGUAUCAAUUGUUAGGAUGUUAAGCGCAUGAGUGCCAAAUAUGAGGGCGGCUCUAUCCAUGAAACGCCCUCUUAUACUAGAAACGUGGACGCCUUUUACAGCCACUACCAAUCCCUGACAGGAUUUGUCGAUGGGUUUUAGGACUGGCUUAUCCCGCUUCCAAGGACAAAUAGUCAUCCCAAGGUGGAUCACUUGUUGCUCAUUUGAAUAUGUUGUCAAAUUUCACUGCCUCACAAGUGACUGAGCUUAAGAGUAUUGUGUUCGACUUUGAUCCAGCUUUUAUCAGCCAUUUCUGGCGUGAACUGUUUCUUAUGAAUUCUGCCUACCAUACUUAGUUGGUGGACGAACUGAGGUUUUAAUGAUGUUGCAAUAGUAUUUAAAGGCCACGGUUCACCUUAAGCCCUCUUCAUAGGGUCAGUUUUUGCCUUGGCUGAACAUGCUCAAUGCAUUUUGCUACAUUUAUGUCUCUCUUUAUAGUAACGGAAGAACUCCUCCUUCCCUCUAGAAUUAUAUAUAGGUCAACUUUGCAAUUGAAGUUGUGGAUUCCUUCUUGUCUUAUGGAGAGGAAGUCCUGGCUUUCUUUAGCAAAAACAGACUCAAAAAGCUCAAGAAAUUAUGAAGAAUAAUGCUUACAAACAAAAGGAGAUUUCCUGUCAACGUUGUUCUUGGUCAUUGGGUAUGUAAAGUUGCAACCAGAUCAUGAGAAGUUGGAUAUUGUGUUCUUGUGGAAGGUGUGAUUUAAUAUCAUAAAAAAGUAGGCAAGAUCAAGUUCAAAAGCAAAUUAUACGGUAAUGACAUUAGUCACUUGUCAGCUUAUAUCACUACAACAACUACUUAAAGUGCUCAAAUUUGAUAAAACAUCCUAAAUGCACCUUGGAUGUGACAAUCAGUCAACACUACACGUUGCAUCUUAUCUUAUCUUUCAUGAUAGAACCAAACAUAUUGAGUUGGGUUGUCAUUUAAUUAGAGGAAAAAUAGAGUAUGAAGGCAUCACCACUAUAUUUGUCAACUCUAGUGAACAAUUAGCUGACAUAUUUACAGUCUUUAAGAACCUAAGAUCGAUUAUAUUUGUCACAAUCUAGACACAUACAAUUUACAUGCUCUAGGCUGAAGGAGAAGGUAAUAAUUAUAGAACUGGGGAAUUGAUCUUAUAUAAUCAAGCAUAUCUAUAAUAAACGUAUGUUUAGGAACAUUUUUAUUUUAUUUUCGUAUCAUGUAUUUCUUAUUAACAAUUGUCAAAACUCCUCUAUUUAUUGUAUUGAUUCUUUUGUUUUCAAUAUAAAUAAAGCAACUGCGUUUUCUCAAAAACACACGGUUUUUGCUCAAUGUUUCUCUCUUUCCUAUAGUUUAAUAUGACACUUAAUAGGAGCAAUGUCAUUGGUCAUACCAAGGAUAUUAAGCAAGCCAACAAAAAAUCCAAACAAGACACUGCUGGGCUGAUUUAUUUGAAGGAUUUUUCGUGAUUGUACAGGUGUCUAGGCUACCUGGGAAAGUAGGUGUUAAUUAGGAACUGUAGUGAAGAGUGGAAUUGGAUGUUGGUUUCUGGGUGCUUUAUAUAGUGGGGUAUUGGUUGGAGAAAUGACAGGGAAAUAAUGUUGACAAUCCUCAUCCUGCGCUUGUUCUUCUCGUUAUCUUUGGGCAUAAUAUUCUUCUCUUAUUUUCAUCAUAAGGCUUCAAAUUAGAGGAAAAGAAAAUAAAGAUAUGGGAUUCACGGAAUGGAAUGCAAUUCGUCUAGUUUUUUAUUUAUUCUAUUUUAUUUUUAAGAAUUCAAGUAAACCUUGUAGAAUUUCACUUUUUCUUCCCUUUCAAUCAAUAUACUAGUUUAUAAUGUGUUAGUGAUUUCGGUAUCCUUA